GAUCGGUGAUUUUUUUUCAAUAUUCAGAUACCCAUUUGGUUAUUUGUUUCAAAAGGAAGAGAAAAACCAAAUGGGUUGGAUUCCAUGUUCUGGAGGUUCCAACAGUAACACUAAGAAGAAGAUAAAGAAGAAAUUGGAGGAAGUGCAGGACAUGCGUGAUUCGAUCAAAGCUAACCCAGGGAAAUUGAAGAAGAAUUCAUCUAUGAAUUCCAGAAGUUCCUCUAAAAAUGGAGACUCUGAUCACAUUGCUGCACAAACAUUCCCUUUCCGUGAGUUAGCAACUGCUACUAGAAAUUUUAGAGCAGAAUGUCUUUUGGGCGAGGGAGGCUUUGGCAGAGUAUACAAAGGGCAUUUGGAAACUAUUAAUCAGACUGUUGCAAUUAAGCAACUUGACCGAAAUGGGCUACAAGGGAAUAGAGAAUUCCUUGUUGAAGUGUUGAUGUUAAGUCUUCUUCACCACUCUAACCUUGUCAACCUGAUUGGUUAUUGUGCUGAUGGAGAUCAAAGGCUUCUAGUUUAUGAAUAUAUGCCAUUAGGAUCAUUGGAAGACCACUUACAUGAUAUUUCUCCCAGCAAGAAACGACUCGACUGGAACACGAGAAUGAAAAUAGCUGCGGGGGCAGCAAAAGGGUUGGAAUAUCUACACGACAAAGCUAACCCUCCUGUCAUAUACCGAGAUUUAAAGUGCUCGAACAUUUUGCUUGGUGAAGGGUAUCAUCCUAAGUUGUCUGAUUUUGGUUUGGCUAAAGUUGGCCCUGUGGGGGAAAACACCCAUGUAUCAACAAGGGUUAUGGGAACCUAUGGAUAUUGUGCUCCAGAGUAUGCAAUGACAGGUCAACUGACUCUGAAAUCAGAUGUUUAUAGCUUUGGUGUAGUUUUGCUGGAAAUAAUUACUGGAAGGAAAGCGAUUGACAAUUCAAAAUGUGCGGCUGAACAGAAUCUUGUUGCAUGGGCUAGACCCUUGUUUAAAGAUCGAAGAAAAUUCACACAAAUGGCUGAUCCAAUGCUCCAAGGUCAGUAUCCUUCAAGAGGGAUAUACCAGGCCCUUGCCGUUGCAGCAAUGUGCGUUCAGGAGCAGGCAAAUAUGCGUCCAGUUAUAGCUGAUGUUGUGACAGCUUUGAGUUACCUUGCUUCACAAAGAUAUGCGCCCAAUACACAGACAGUACAAAACUCUCGCCUCGGUCCUGGUACUCCUCCUAGAACCAGGAGGGGUAUUUGAUAGUGUGGUGCAAGUUUCAUAUCACUUACUAUACACUCCAAGAUAUAUAGGCUUAUAGAUGUUUAAUACUAUUUGUGUUAUGGUGUUAUUCACUUAGUUCAUAGCAUAGUUGUUAAAUAUCUUGCAAAAUUUUUGUUUCUUAUGGUGCACAGAGUUGACCCGAUUUUCAUUUGGAGAUAAGAUAGUAUUUCCUCACUUUUCCAUAAAUUUCUGUUCAAGCUUAAGUUAGUGGGAUUUCUUUGUCCUGGUUGCUAUGUAGUUAUGAAGCUCUAUGGAAAUAUAGCUUUUUCUGUUACACGAGAGUAUGCUGUGUUGUGACACUUCCUUUCAUCUUCUUUGGAAGUUUAUCUGGUUGUGUAUGGAUAUUUUAUGUAACUUGUAUUUUUCUUUUUAUCGUGGAUUGCAAGUAUCACUGCGUCCGAAUGGUUCCAUUAAUGAAGAGUAGUAAUAAGCUUCAAA